AUGAAGAUCCUCAUCACUGGUGCGGGCGGCUUCCUGGGCCAAUUCCUGGCCCGAGAACUCCUCUCCAACCCCGAUCACAAAGUAGUCCUCACUGAUAUCGUCGACGUACCGGUUCCCAAGGGCUCCAAAAACCCACAGAAUGCUACCUGCGUCAAGGCUGACCUGCUCAAAGACCGCAGCGUCAUCACGCCUGACCUCGACGCCGCUUACAUCUUCCACGGCAUCAUGUCGGCGGGAUCCGAGGCCAACUACGAGCUCGGUAUGAAUGUCAAUCUGGAGAGCACCAAGCUCCUGCUGCAUACGAUUCGCCAGGUCAAGCCGGGCCUGAGGGUCAUUUACGCAUCGAGCCAGGCCGUCUAUGGCCGGCCUUUGCCGGACGUUAUCACGGAAUCGGUCUUGCCAACCCCCGAAGGCUCGUACGGAUCACAGAAGCUGAUGUGCGAGAUCCUGAUCAACGACAUGAACCGACGAGGCUUCAUCGACGCCUACAGCCUUCGCUUUCCCAGCAUUUCAGUGCGACCGGGCAAACCAGCGCCGGCAGCGUCAGCAUUCAUGUCAGGAAUCAUCCGCGAACCCCUGGCCGGCGUGGAGUGUGUGGUGCCCGUGACGGACAGGAACUUCCCCUCCAACGUCUGCUCCCCCAAAACGUUGAUCCAAAACUUGGUCUACGCGCUGACUCUGCCUUCGGACGCCUUGCCCAAGCAUAAGCGAGUCGUCAACGCUCCGGGCAUUGUCGUCACCAUCCAGGAGAUGCUGGACGCGCUGGCCAAGGUGGGCGGCGAGGAUAAGCUGAAAUAUGUCAAGGAGGAGCACGACGAGAACCUCGCCCGCAUCCUCUACUCGUGGGCCUACAAUUACGACAACUCGCUCGCCCUGAGUCUGGGGUUCAAGGAGCCCGAAAGCUUCGAGCAGGCUGUAAGGGAGUACAUUGAGUAUGUGGAGGAGGAAAAGACGUGGCCUUGA